AUGGAAGAGUUCGAUGACUUUGUAUAUUAUAAGAAGGACAUGUUGGGCCAUGGUGCCUUUGCCGCUGUCUACAAAGGAUAUCAGAAAUCUGUAAGGCAUUAAAAUUAUUUUCAAAGGUUUUUAGUUUAUAAUUGUAUGAUAGAAUCAAUUAAUGAAUGUAAAGUAAAAUGUUAUACCUAUUAUAAUUUCAAGAAAGUUCAAUAUUAUGAACACAAUAAUAUGUUAUUUGCAUGCUUCAGAACAAGAAGGAAAUAGCGGUGAAAGCGAUUCAAAAGAAGAAUUUGAAUAAAGCCAAGGGAUUGCUGCAGAAAGAGAUCAAGAUCUUAAAGGUAUGUUGCUGUAAUUUGAUUUUAAUCUAAAAUUUAGGAAUUGAGCAGUUUGAAACACGAAAAUCUGGUAUCUUUGCUGAAAUGUUUGGAGAAUACCAACAGCGUCUUCUUGGUAAUGGAGUUCUGUAAUGGUGGAGAUCUUUCGGACUACCUACAGAUUCAUGGCGUCUUGGAUGAUGUUGUUAUUCAACACUUUUUCAAGCAAAUAGGUAAGGAAAGAGUGUUAUGGUAGAAAGAGUAAUAUCUGUUCAAUGUUUUUUUUAUUUUGAUUUACUAUAAAGAUUACUUUAUAUAAUGUGUAAUAUUCUUUAUUUUAUUUGUUACCUAAAACCUAAUACAAGUUACUGACUCAUAGCAUCGUUUUAGCCAGAGCCUUAGAAGCUAUAAACAAGAAAGGCAUUGUUCAUCGUGAUCUCAAACCCCAGAAUAUUUUACUCUGUAACCCUCCACAUAAGAAAGACUUUCCUAUUCAAGAAAUUGUUAUAAAACUUGCCGAUUUUGGGUUCGCCCGGGUGCUAGGAGAAGGUAUUAUGGCCGGAACAUUAUGCGGGUCUCCGAUGUACAUGGCUCCAGAAGUCAUUAUGAGUCAGAAGUACGAUGCUAAAGCUGACCUUUGGUCCAUCGGUACUAUCAUGUACCAAUGUCGAGUGGGAAGAGCGCCGUUUCAGGUUGGUUUUUGAAGUUUUAUAACGUGUUUAGGUAAUAAUUAUAUUUAUUGUAUUAGUUUUAAAAGAUUAUUUCUUGAAUUUUUGAUAUUUACAUUUAUACAAUUUAGGUAUGACUCAUUUGAUUGUUUAUGAAAUUUUUAUUUUAGGCAAAGACCCCACAAGGCUUGAGGUCAUAUUAUGAAAAGAACAGAGAUUUACAACCAAAUAUUCCUUCUAAUUGCCCAGAUAACCUCCGUGACCUUCUUCUACGCCUUCUGAAAAGAAACUCAGCCAACAGAAUCGAGUUUUGUAAGUGUUAUAUACUUGUUUUUCCUGUACUUUAGGUAUUUCAUCAUCAAUUUUGUAUAUUUUUUGCACUUUCUGGACUCUAACCAGCUUUGUAGUUUUUGUUUUUUCAACGAAAUGUAUAUUUUCUUACUCUCACGACGAUUCUAUAAUCAAUACUUACGUUUUCUUACUUUAGUGGACUUCUUUAACCACCGUUUCUUCUACGAACCUGUCGAAGACACCUCCAAACGGGUAUUGGAACAAAUGUCAGCCACCAACAGAGUCCACGCGUCGCCUGGAGUCUACCGCAGAGCUCCGAUUACAGAAGCACCACUAAAAAGAAUAGGAUCAGAACAAGUUACUCACACCAAUCAUCACAACAUUCCGUCUUCCGCCAACUUGGCCAGACCCUCUACUGUCGCUAGACUUCAGCCAGCCACAUAUGCCAGUCCAAUGAAACGACGAACAGAACAAUCGCCAGCUCUAUCGUCGCCCAGAACCACGGUUCCCAGAAGUUUGGCAGCGAAUCCAGAACUUCACAGAGCGAACGAACCUCCACCUCGACCUCCAAAGACGCACUCGAACCAAGCCAUGACGGAUUCUGGAGAAUUCACCUUCCUCCCACCAUUAAAUCAGCCUCCUCAACGACCAUUGUCGCGACAAGGAUCAGCAUCAAACAGAUCCCUGGAACGACAAGGUUCGAACCAUUCUCAAGGUCAGGCCAACUCGAGAGCUGUCCCAGUCCCAAGUCAGCGACUUAACUUUGCUAUGAUGGAACAGGAGCGGCAAAAGGAGAUUGCUUUGAAGGUACAGGCUAGUGCUAAUGUGGCGACAAAGCCUGAGAGUCAGAAUGGUACUACGGCUGCUGUUAACUUUGACGAAAUGGCUCCAAAGAUCGAUGAGGUCAAUCCACCCAAAAGUAAGGUUAUAUUUCUGCAUCUUUAGUGGGUUUUACAAGAAAUAAUACCAAAAUUAGUCAUUUUUUUAACUUUUUAAUUCAGUGUCUUAAAUUGAUGAAAAGCAUAGUAUAUUACUAAUGUCUCUUUUUACAGCCAAAUAUCUGAUCAAAGAACUCCCAAAAAGCCGGUUGCCAGCACGAUCAGAAUCCCGUCUUCGGAAGCCACGUACGUUGGUGUCGCCAGAAGAAGGGCCUGAGAAUGCGGAGCCGGUCAAGAGCCUUCGGUCACCUUCAAAGUCGGGUAUUCCCAGACCGGAUUCAAUGCGAAGUCCGAGUCCGACGAAGCCAACGGUGGAUAACAUCCGGUAUCUCAGCACUCAAAACAAACCCCCAACUCCUGUUGAGGCCAAGAAGGUGGAAUGGUAAGUGGUUGGAAGGAUUUUUACGUGUAUAUGGUUUUAGAUUAGCGAGUUUGUUUAUUGUACUAUUUUUGGUCAAAAACAAGAUAGAAAAAAAGUGAAAAUGUUCGAACACAUGGGAACGGACUACGCACUUGUCAAUACUAACAUAGUAUUGCUUCUAUCCCAAACUCUUUAUUUUACUAUAGUAGUAUGUAUAACUUGCGAAUCAGAUAAACAAGUUUAAUAUAUGUUUUAAACAUUUCAAAUGUUAUCAUUUUAGUGCGCCCGAUGUGGAGCCUGACGAAGUUGACGACAUGCUAAACGAAUUUACUGGCGCCGUACCGUUCGCUUCUGGAUUAUCAGUCGAAUCCUCGGAUUCGCAAAUGGUCGACAGUGUCUCAGGGGACGAGAACCAACAACCCUCGACUUCUGGGGUCUACAGAUUGGACAAACAAUUCAAAGACGUGGAACCAGAACCCCUGGCCAACGGUCCCAGUAGCUCGAAACUGAAAGACGAAAGGAAGAUGUAUCCAGAAGAAGUGCCAACCAGCUCCAAAGACAAAAUGGAACCAAUGCUGGAUGCGCCCCCAGGAUUGGAGGACGAAACCUUGAUGGACGAGGAACACAAAGCUGUUCUUACAAAACUCAACUUCGUCCUUGAGCUAACGGAAACCCUGAUAAACGUCGCCGAAUUUAACGGAAGCUCCAUCAGUUUCAACAUGGAAAGCACGAAGCGGAAGGACCCGUCUUCAGAAACUCUAGCCAAUCGUCGCUCAGAACAACUGGUACUUUACAUUAAAGUGAUGCACAUUAUAUCAUCAAGUCUAGUCAUGGCUCAGCGACACCGAGAUUUGGACACGCUACAGCCGUCCACAGCUGUUCAACAUGUUCUCAAUCAGUUGAACGACAAAUAUCAUCAGUGCUUGGUAAGAUAUUGUUUUAAAACUUAAAUUUUUGCAUUUUUUUUGUUACUAUUAAUUAUUGUUUGGACGAUUGUUAUUUUAAUCAAUGCUAUUAUAGACGAGAUCACAAGAACUGGCAUCGUUGGGCAUAUCAUCAAGUUCUGAUCCCUCGUCUACCGUGGUAUCAGCAGAACGAUUGAUGUAUAAACACGCAAUCGAGAUGUGCCAAUCUGCGGCGUUGGACGAGCUUUAUGGUAACCCACAUUUGUGCCCAUCCCGGUAUAAACAAGCCUACAUGAUGCUACAUGUUCUGUCAGAACAGGUAUGUUAAUUUGAGAUUAAAGUUUGACGACGAAAGAAACUGCUAGAUAGAAUAAUGACAGUUUCAUGAAUAUAACUCUUGAUUCUCGCCGUAUUUCAGGUACAAUCCGAGCAAGACCGGAACGUUCUGUCCAAGUACAAGGACGCAGUUGAGAAACGACUGCGGAUCCUUGAAAACCAAGGCUACGUGAUAUCGGUCAGCAACAAAUAAAUCCCAAAUGUACUAUAAUACCCCACUAGCUCAUUUUCUAACUCUUGCUUAACUCAUUCGUAGUAUUGUAAGGUCAUAGAAUAUAAUACAUUCGAUCUUCUCAUUUUUUCAAACGGGAGACCCUCCAAUAUAUUGUUUUAUCGUUGCUUUUUACCUAUAUUGUCACCAUUUGUACAGUCUUUAAACUUUGACUAAAUAAACGUUAUAGAUGAGAAAUUGGGUUGGUAUGUUAUGAAUAAUGUCAGUCAUUAGAUGACAAAUCUUUUAAUUAUUGUUACUUUACGAGUUAUUGUUAGCGAAAACAACAGAUUAUGUUCUUGUCUAAACAAUUUUGGACCUUUUUCAAAAUGAAAAUUUAAUUUCGCUAAAUAUACGCAAAUAAAAAAUGACACAAACAACAUUAUUUACUAUUCACCAAGCUUCGAAGCCUCGACCGCUCCGUAAAACAUUAGAAACAGAAAGCCAAGAGAAUAUUUCGUUGCAAGACGCGAAAAGAAAACAUUAUUUUACUUUUUUAUUUUAUAAAAUAGUUUUUUGUUGUAUGGAAAACGGGAAACACAGUAUUUCAGGAAGAAAAACCAAUCUUCAUAAAGAGAAUUCCAGAUACAACAUUUAACAAUUGAAUGGGACGACGGAUCAGUUCAAAUGGAGAUCAAUCACGACCAAAAGUCUGUUAAUUUUGAGAAAUAACCAAUCUCAUUUUAGAUGUACUUCUUCCAGCUUCAUCUGCGGUGCCGUUGAAGGUAGGUCUAGGAAUACAUUGGUAGUUAAAAAUGUCAGUUGAAGUUGUAAAGAUAUCGAUUUUAAGAUUUGUAAAUUUUAUUUAAAAAUUGUUUUGAAAUAACAAAUGUUUCAUGUGACAUUAAAAUGAGUAAACAACAUCAAUAAAUUGAUGUUCUUGCAGGAUUCUAUGGAAGACCAUGGACGACGGAACAACGUAAGGAUCUGUUUGAACGAUUUAACUUACUUGGGCUUAAUACUUACCUCUAUGCGCCAAAAGACGAUCUCAAGCACAGGUUUGAAUGGAGAAGUCUCUACAAUAAGGAGGAAACGGGUAAGUCAUUGCUUAUUGUUAAAAAUUUAGAUUCAUUUUUACGUCUGUUACAUGAAGAUUGUGUUUUUGAAAGGAUUUGGAUAUUAUUCUGAUUAAAAACAUUAUUUUAGGUCUAUUAAGUGAACUUAUUGCAUCGGCCAAUAAAAACAAUGUAACCUUUGUAUAUUCCCUAUCUCCGGGCAUUGAUAUUGUAUAUUCUGAUCAAACUGAAGUGGAAGCCAUCCAGAAGAAGUUGUGUCAAGUUCGAGAUAUGGGAUGUUCGGCUUUUGCACUUCUUUUUGAUGAUAUUGAAAACUGUAUGAACAAAAAAGACGCUGAGGUAUUUGAUUCGUUUGUAAUGGCUCAGCUGACCGUAACUAACCUUGUCUACGAGUAUAUGGGCAAGCCGGUGUUCUUUUUUUGCCCAACCGAAUAUUGCUCAUCUCGUUGUAUACCUAAUUUGAUGAGCUCUGGGUAUUUGAAUACUUUGGGAGACAAGUUGCAUCCGGAGAUUCAUAUUAUGUGGACUGGACCUCAGGUGAGUGUAGUUGACAAUGUUAGAAAAUUGAAUUUUUAUUUUUAGGUAGUAUCUCCCGAACUAACGGUGGAUCACGCCAGGGACGUGACCAAAGUGAUGAAGCGAAAACCUUUGAUCUGGGACAAUCUUCAUGCUAAUGACUACGACCCUAAAAGAGUUUUCUUGGGACCAUUUAAAGGGCGGAAUGUUGCUUUAAAAGACGAGAUAUCUGGAAUGCUACUGAACCCAAACUGUAAAUACGAAGCCAAUUUUAUUCCAUUUUACACGCUGGCUAUGUGGAACAAGUCAGAAGCGGAUGAAGAACAAGAAACGCCUGUUAGCAACAACAAUAAUGUCUACAAGCCUCAUCGUGCUCUUGCUGAUGCUCUAGAUCGGUGGAGAGAACUAUAUACGAAAGGACCUGGACCAGCUAUACCACCAAUUAGUCAUGUGGAGUGCACCAUUGCUCCAAUUAUGGAUCCAAAUGCUGCAGCUCCAUCUAUAGUGGUGCCACCACCUACAAUCCGAACUUGUGAAGGUAACGACCUGAUACCUGACACUUUGGACAGUCCUGCACCACUCUAUACCUCGCCGGUUGGGAAUGCUACUACUGUAACUGUUCAGGCUUUUCCUAUUAACGAAACUGUAAGGGGAGUUACGGAGACGGUAAGAAUUUUUUGUUGUUUUUAUACUUUUUAUAUUAUCAGUGUUUAUUAUAAAUUGUGUGAUGUUUGUUUGAUAUAAAGCUACAUUUGCUUGUUUUUGUUUGCUAUUAAUUCGGUUAUUUUAGCACGAAGUACCAUUGACAGUGAACUCACUUUGUUCUGAAUACAGCGAGAUGCCUUUGGAUGCUAGUAAAGUACAAUCGAUCGAAGAUCUGGUUGGUAUUGUAGUAGAACCAGAAGUACCAAUGGAACAAGAUUCAUCUACUGAAUCUAUGACGCCAGCCGAGUAUGUUUUCAUUUCUGAAUCGACACUCAUAAAUAUCAUAUUUGACAGCUGUUAGGUAUUUAUUGUUUUUAAAUCAUAUUUUAAAAAUAUUAUUUCCAGGAUUGACUCAUCACAACUUGCCUUAUUGGUCGAUUUAUUCUACUUGCCAUUCGAUUACGGUGAGAAAGGAGUACAACUUCUAGCCGACUUUCAAUGGAUGCACAAGAACGCCUUCAACAUGGACAAGAUCCCCAAAGACAAGGAUUUGGAGACAGAAUUCAAUCGUCGCUUCAAGAGCUUCAUCACAUUUCAAAAACAACUUGAACUCUUAUUCCGAGUGUUUUUGGAAGCCCCGAACAGAAGUCUGGUACAAGAAAUCUUCCCAUACUUGGCUGAAGCUCAUGCCAUCACUACAGUACUCGGGGCUCUAUUACGGUGGAUGAAGGAGGGAGGAUUAGUAGUGGAACCAACUAAUAUAGAGAGCUGGUGGUUGAACAGGAGGGCAGAUGUGGAGCCAUGGUCGUUUGGUAAUGGUAUCUUGGUUGAUUUGCAAAAACUGAUCAUAUCCAGUCCAGCCUUGGCUGAGUUAUUGGUAUUUAAGGUGGCUAUUCCUCUACCGAUUUCUUCGUAUUCGAUCAAACCGAUUGCUUAUACCGAGUUGGAUAUUGUAAGAAGUUUUGAGGAUUUUUUUUGAAAAUGCAAAUUUUUUAUUAUCUAAAGCUAUAUCUACGAAGCUUUAUUCUAAAAAUAAUAUUUAAAUUUCAGCAAAAAGUAUUUGAAUACUUUUCCCUAGAAUCAGAGCGCCAAUUACUUACUACAAUAUCGCCAAAAGCUUGCACAGAUAUGUUUUUUGACCGAACAUUUGCAUAUCACUUCAAGUACGGUCGACCACCACAUCAUUUCAUGGUGGAGGACAUUGAAUACCUAGGUAAACGAAGUAUGUUUGCUCUGCUCACAACUAUCAUUUCGAUGCCAUCUACAUUGAGAAAGAUCAGAGACGAGUUUGUCGGGGAGUAUAAGGAGAAGUACUCGGAUAUGCUCGAGGAUGAUAAGGUAAAGGCUUUUUGGUCGUGUUUGUUUUUAUUUUGUUUUUACUUUGGUAUCUUUGGCAUUUUUUUUCAGAAAAGGGUGUCUUUGUCGUAAUGUUUAUGACUAGUUUUGUGAAUGAGAUACAUUUCAAAAUGACAUUUGUGACGAUAUCAAUCCAACCUGUUUUAGGCUCGAGAACUUUUCGAACAAGACAUCAAAGACUGGCCGUUGUUCCAGCUGCCCGAGGAGUUUCUACAUGAAUAUCCGAGUUACAUUGAAGUCAGAUGGAGGGAAUUCAUUCCAGAAUCCGCUUGGGUUCGCCGUCUGAUUCAUACGGCUGUCGCAGCGCUCGCGAUGAAUGGUGAGUGUUGAAUAAAACUUGUGGUUUUGUCAUCACAGUUUUCGUAUAACAGAAAUGCAUAUAAACUAUACGUAGUUGAAGUACAGAACGUAUGAGCAAAAGUGUGCAGAUGGUAUUAGAACUGUCUGACAUGACUAAUAUGAUAGUAAAAUGAAAAUUACUUUACAACUUAAAAAGUAAUGUUGCAGGUUCGAGCGGUGUCUUCACCAUCCUCCCAUCGGCCGACGAACAUCUGGUUCAAUUAUAUUCCAGGUUCGGGCUGGAGCAAAUUAAUGCGAUCCAAAUCAAAGACUGUGUUGUAAUGGCCCAUUCUCUAGUCUAA